AAACAACCCUUUACAUGUGGUAGGAGCGAAAUAGGUAUUGAAGCACACGCUUAGAGGUUUAGUCACCACCUAACAAUUUGUCACAUAGAUUGGAUGAGGCUCCCUUUUAACCAUUUGGAAACCUAAACUUCUCCAUAAUAUGUUCUAAUAUACCAACUAAACUCUCUUUGCAAUUCCCAUCUCUUUUAUUUGCCACACAAGAACACCUAAAUAAGGGAAACAAGAAGUGUGUGAAUGCUCAAGUAUUUAAGUAGAAACAAGGACCAGUCUAGAGUUACAUGACUUCUUCCCCUCCUUGUUUCUUGGCACAAAUUAGCAUUAAGGGAAACAAGCAUGGAGACAUCCAAGAUUCUUAAAUUGAUGAUCCUGACAAUAUUACUGGUUCUCACACUGAAGGUGGAUUGCCAACUUAUGCCCCCAUCUCCCCGCCCGCUCUGCAUCUCCCAGUUUGCGCUAGUGAAUCAUGCAUGCGCAAUGCUACCAUUCAACCCAAAUCCGGCCCCAGUCCCUCCAUCGCCUGAUGAACCUGGUCAGAGUCAUGCCCAUAGCCCUGGUCAUGGUCAUGGCCAUGGUCACGGUGAAGGUCAUGGCCAUGGUCACAGCCACAGCCACAGGCAUGGAAUCAGGCACAGACACCAACAAUCCUCUGCAGAGGAGGCUUGUUGCAGGUGGUUGAAGGAGAUAGAUGAUGAGUGUGUUUGUGAUCUGCUAGCUCACUUGCCCCUUUUCCUUACGAGGCCCUCACAUUACUACACUGUUUCAGUUGACCCUUCAUGCAGUGUUACCUUCUCAUGUGGAGGGCGACUAAGGGCUUGAAUAAUAGCAUAUCUCCAUUGCCACAAGUGACUAAACACAACCAAAUGGACAAAUGAUCAUAUCUAUGCCUGCAUAAUUAUGUUUCAUGUCAUAUUUUUUAACUAUAGUAAUUGUCUUCUUCUUCUUCUUCUACUGAAUGUUCUCGGGUUUUCACUUGUUUCUCCUUUGGUCCUGCCUCAAUAGCUACAUGUAAUCCUUCAAAAAUAAAUUGAACCUUUCACUUGA